CAUCCAUCUGCUUUUCUUCUUUUUCCCCCCUCCCCUUCCCCUCCAUCCUCUCAAUUCUCCCCGGUCUCCUCUGCCGCACUCGGCAUCCCAUCAAUCAGAACCAAUUGGUUGCCCAAACCCCUCCAAAAAACAUCUCCUUCGGCCACAAUGCCUUCCGCCGUCACCAACGGGCAGCCUCAGCAGGCCGCCACCUCGGGCGAUAGCCUCUCGGCCAACGACAACAUCCGCCGCUUCGCUGCUCCCUCGCGGCCUUUGAGCCCUCCCGCUUCCCACACUCUCUUCCACCCCAAGACACGAUGCUUCGUCUACGGUCUCCAGCCCCGUGCUGUGCAGGGAAUGCUUGAUUUCGACUUCAUCUGCAAGCGCAAGUCUCCCUCCGUGGCCGGCAUCAUCUACACCUUUGGCGGUCAGUUCGUCAGCAAAAUGUACUGGGGAACCAGCGAGACAUUGCUGCCCGUCUACCAAGACGUCUCCAAGGCCGUCGCGAAGCACAAUGAUGUUGACACCGUCGUCAACUUCGCCUCGUCCCGUUCCGUCUACAGCUCCACCAUGGAGUUGAUGGAGUUCCCUCAAAUCAAGUGCAUUGCCAUCAUUGCUGAGGGUGUGCCCGAGCGUCGUGCUCGUGAGAUUCUCCACGUGGCCCAGAAGAAGGGCAUCACCAUCAUCGGUCCUGCCACCGUCGGUGGUAUCAAGCCCGGAUCUUUCAAGAUCGGCAACACUGGUGGUAUGAUGGACAACAUCGUCGCCUCCAAGCUGUACCGCCCCGGUUCCGUUUCAUACGUUUCCAAGUCUGGUGGUAUGUCCAACGAGUUGAACAACAUCAUUGCAAACACCACCGAUGGUGUGUUGGAAGGUGUUGCCAUUGGUGGUGACCGUUACCCCGGUACCACUUUUAUCGACCACGCUCUCCGUUACCAGGCCGAUCCCGACUGCAAGAUCAUCGUCUUGCUCGGUGAAGUCGGUGGUGUCGAGGAGUACCGUGUGAUCGAGGCCGUUAAGUCCGGUCAGAUCAACAAGCCCAUUGUAGCAUGGGCUAUUGGUACCGUUGCCGGUAUGCUCAAGACCGAGGUUCAAUUCGGUCACGCUGGUUCUUUCGCCAACUCGCAGCUCGAGACCGCUGCUACCAAGAACAAGACCAUGAGGGAGUCUGGCAUCUACGUCCCAGAGACCUUCGAGGAGAUGCCCGCAACCCUUGCCCAGGUGUACCAGAAGCUCGUCAAGGACGGAACCAUCAAGCCCAAGGCUGAGCCCGCCGUUCCCAAGAUCCCCAUUGACUACUCGUGGGCCCAGGAGCUCGGCCUCAUCCGAAAGCCCGCUGCCUUCAUCUCCACCAUCUCCGAUGACCGUGGUCAGGAGCUUCUGUACGCUGGUAUGCCCAUCUCCGACGUCUUCCGGGAGAACAUUGGCAUCGGUGGUGUCAUGUCUCUUCUCUGGUUCCGUCGUCGUCUCCCCGAUUACGCCAGCCGCUUCCUCGAGAUGGUGCUCAUGUUGACUGCCGACCACGGUCCCGCCGUGUCUGGUGCCAUGAACACCAUCAUUACCACCCGUGCCGGCAAGGAUCUCAUCAGUGCAUUGGUAUCUGGUCUUCUGACCAUCGGAUCCCGCUUCGGUGGUGCCCUUGACGGUGCCGCUGACGAGUUCACCCGCGCCUUUGACAAGGGUCUCAGCCCCCGUGACUUCGUCGACACGAUGCGCAAGGAGAACAAGCUCAUCCCCGGUAUCGGCCACAGAAUCAAGUCCCGCAACAACCCCGAUCUCCGUGUCGAGCUCGUCAAGGAGUACGUCAAGAAGAACUUCCCCAGCACCAAGUUGCUCGACUACGCUCUUGCCGUCGAGUCGGUGACGACGUCCAAGAAGGACAACCUCAUUCUCAACGUCGACGGCUGCAUCGCUGUCUGCUUCGUUGACCUUAUGCGCAACUGCGGAGCGUUCUCCGCCGAGGAGGCCGAGGACUACCUCAAGAUGGGUGUUCUCAACGGUCUGUUUGUGCUCGGCCGAAGCAUCGGUUUGAUUGCCCAUUUCCUCGACCAGAAGAGGCUGAGGACCGGCCUCUACAGGCACCCUUGGGACGACAUCACAUACCUUCUCCCCUCGCUCGCGCAAGGCGGCGCACCGGGAGCGGAGGGACGUGUCGAGGUCACUUUGUAA